GGGCUCGCCCCGGCAGCCUCCUUCCCUAGCUUAGCCUCACCUCCCGCGCUGCGGACUGUCUGUGGGCCUCGGCGCGUAGCACACUGGGAACUGUAGUCUUCACCUGGCGCACCUACGCCAGAAAGCAGCACAGUGGGACUGCGUUUCCCAGAGUGCAGCGGGGUGGACGAGGGAAGGCAGGGGGGAAGGGACAGUCGGUCCCAGACCGCGCUGGGUUGCCGCCGCCGCUGCCGCCAUCGUGCCAGCCCUUUGGGUUUCAGCGAGGCUGGGCGACACUCCAGAAUGGGAGACAAGCCAAUUUGGGAACAGAUUGGAUCCAGCUUCAUUCAACAUUACUACCAGUUAUUUGAUAACGACAGAACCCAGCUAGGCGCAAUUUAUAUUGAUGCGUCAUGCCUUACGUGGGAAGGACAGCAGUUCCAGGGGAAAGCUGCCAUUGUGGAGAAAUUGUCUAGCCUUCCAUUCCAGAAAAUCCAGCACAGCAUUACGGCACAGGACCAUCAGCCCACGCCAGAUAGCUGCAUCAUCAGCAUGGUUGUGGGCCAGCUGAAGGCUGAUGAAGACCCCAUCAUGGGCUUUCACCAGAUGUUCCUAUUAAAGAACAUCAACGAUGCUUGGGUCUGCACCAAUGACAUGUUUAGGCUUGCUCUGCACAACUUUGGCUGACCUCCUCCCAGCCAGGCACUCAUGCUGUUUCCUUCUCCCUCCUCUUCCCGAUACUAUUCACACUCCUCCAGAUGCUCCAAAUAUCAUACACAAACGAGCAGGGCCACAGUGGGAGUGGGCGCAGUGCGCUGCUGCCACCGAGGUGUUGUGCAUGAUGUUUGGACGCUAGACUAGUUGCAUCUGACAGGAGAAGUUUGUGUUGUACCAGCGCAUGCCUUGGAAAGACUUAAGUAAAGCAAAAGGUUGUCUUUUUUUUUUUUAAAUCUACUGACAAGUUGCUCUAGUAACCCAAAGAAGUGAAGGAGAAAGCAGCUGCCUCACCGCCCAGAUAUUGAUUUGUUCAGAUGUUUCAAUGCCUCAUUAUAAAAUAAAACCACGAAAAUUUUCUUAA